CGGCCCAUCCCAUCCCAGCGGUGGGUGCCCUCUGCCGGCGAGCGGGGGAAGCGCAGCGCCCUGGGAAGUCAGAUCGAGGCUGGAGUUCCAGUGGAACCCUGCGCUGCAUUCCAUUCCAUCCCAUUCAUGCUGAGCGGCUACACUGUAGCGCCGGGAACUCGCACCAUGGAAUCGCGCACCGACUCCCGCUAGCCAGGGAGACUGCAGGGAGGCACAGGGGAGAAACCCCUUCACUUCAGCAAAGUGUCUGCACUGAAUUGAUCUCAUUCCGCUGCCAAGUCAUUCAACUUUCAUGGGAUUUUGCCUCAUUGCUGUGAGCGUCUGUGUGUGCAACCUGCAGCCCACCUGCUCCUCACUACCCCUUCAGCCAUCAGUAGCGCCGGGAGCUGUAGUUCAGCUGGACACCCCUACCUGGUGGAUUGCAGGCUGUGGAUAUCUGUGUUUUUGACCUGUGCUGGCUGUCUAUCUGGACCGAGCUCUAAAUGAGGACGUCAACGGGAGCCAACUUGGAAAUAUAACCUCCCUCCCCCCCCCCCUUUUUAAUUUAUUUUUGGGUGUUUUUUAAUUAUUGUUAUAAUUAUUAUUCGGGAAGAUGCUGCUCCACGCCGAGAAGCCUCUGCCGUUCCAUUUAUGGACUUUUUUAGUUUUGCUUGGUUCCUGGAUUGCAGCCGGGGAUGGGACUCCUAAAAGCUUCAGGACUUUUACAGGAACUGACUGGAGCUUGACUCACCUAGUAGUACACAAUAAAACCGGGGAGGUGUAUUUGGGAGCCAUCAACAGGAUUUACAAACUCUCUAACAAUUUGACUCUCAUGCGCACCCAUGUAACAGGACCAGUAGAGGACAAUGAAAAGUGUUACCCUCCGCCCAGUGUCCAGUCCUGCCCCCAUGGACUUGUCUCCACAAAUAAUGUGAACAAGCUGCUACUCAUUGAUUACUCUGAGAACCGAUUAAUAGCAUGUGGGAGUGCCUCACAGGGGAUCUGCCAGUUUCUACGCCUUGAUGAUCUUUUCAAGUUGGGUGAGCCACACCACCGGAAGGAACAUUACCUCUCCAGUGUCAAUGAGUCCGGGACCAUGUCUGGUGUUAUCAUUGAGGUUCCAAAUGGCCAAAAUAAACUCUUUGUUGGGACCCCUAUUGACGGAAAGUCAGAAUAUUUCCCCACCCUCUCUAGCCGCAAAUUAAUGGGCAAUGAAGAAAAUGCUGAAAUGUUUGGCUUUGUCUAUCAGGAUGAAUUUGUGUCUUCGCAACUCAAGAUCCCCUCAGAUACCUUGUCCAAAUUCCCUACCUUUGAUAUCUACUACGUGUACAGUUUCAGCAGCGAGCAGUUUGUGUACUACUUAACUCUGCAGCUGGACACCCAGUUAACUUCACCUGACUCAACUGGAGAGCAGUUUUUUACAUCCAAGAUUGUCCGGCUUUGUGUAGACGAUCCCAAGUUCUACUCUUACGUAGAGUUUCCCAUUGGUUGCAUCAAGGAUGGGGUGGAAUAUCGGCUGAUACAGGAUGCAUAUCUGAGCAAGCCUGGGAAACGCUUGGCUAAGGAGCUGGGCAUCUCAGAAAGGGAAGACAUUCUUUUCACAGUCUUCUCACAAGGACAGAAGAACCGGAUCAAACCCCCCAAAGAAUCUGUCAUGUGCCUCUUCACCUUAAAGAAGAUCAAGGAUAAAAUUAAAGAGCGCAUUCAGUCUUGCUACAGAGGUGAUGGGAAACUCUCUCUGCCUUGGCUCUUAAACAAGGAGCUUGGAUGCAUCAAUUCACCUCUGCAGAUUGACGACAAUUUCUGUGGACAGGAUUUUAACCAGCCACUUGGAGGGACAGUCACCAUAGAAGGGACACCGCUGUUCCUGGACAAAGAAGAUGGAAUGACCUCAGUAGCUGCCUAUGAUUAUCGGGGACACACGGUUGUGUUUGCUGGAACCCGCAGUGGCCGAAUGAAAAAGAUCCUGGUGGACCUUUCUGCCUCCUCUCAUAUGGCGCAACAGUACGAGAAUGUGGUGGUCCACGAAGGAAAUGCUAUCCUGAGGGACUUGGUAUUGAGCCCAGACCGGCAGUAUAUCUACGCAAUGACAGAAAAGCAGGUUACCCGUGUGCCGGUGGAGAGUUGUGAGCAAUAUGAAACUUGCGAUGCCUGCCUUGGCUCUAGGGACCCUCACUGUGGAUGGUGUGUGCUUCACAACAUGUGUUCGAGAAAAGAUAAAUGCGAGCGAGCAGAUGAACUUCACAGGUUCACUUCUGACCAGCGGCAGUGUGUCCAGCUCACAGUGCACCCCAGGAAUAUCUCUGUCACAGUGUCUGAAGUUCCGAUGGUUUUACAAGCCUGGAAUGUCCCUGACCUGUCUGCUGGGGUGAACUGCUCCUUUGAGGAUUUUACAGAGAUGGAAGGACGUAUACUGGAUGGAAAAAUCUACUGUACAUCCCCCUCCACCAAAGAUGUUAUUCCUAUCACAAGAGGCCAUGGUGACAAGAGGGUUUUGAAACUCUACCUUAAAUCCAAAGAAACUGGAAAGAAGUUUGCUAGCGUGGAUUUUGUCUUCUACAACUGCAGUGUCCAUCAGUCAUGCCUCUCCUGUGUAAACGGAUCCUUCCCCUGCCACUGGUGCAAAUACAGACACGUGUGUACCCACAAUGCAGCCGACUGCUCCUUUCAAGAGGGCCGAGUUAACAUGUCGGAGGACUGCCCGCAGAUUCUACCUUCCACCCAGAUCUACAUCCCUGUUGGGGUAGUGAAGCCCAUCACACUGACUGCCAAGAACCUCCCACAACCCCAGUCUGGCCAGCGCAACUACGAGUGUAUUUUCCACAUCCCUGGGAGCGUGACCCGGGUCACUGCCUUGCGCUUCAACAGUACAAGCAUCCAGUGCCAGAACACUUCGUAUAACUAUGAAGGCAAUGACAUCAGUGACCUACCUGUGAACUUAUCUGUGGUCUGGAAUGGACACUUUGUCAUAGACAACCCCCAAAACAUUCAAGCUCAUCUGUACAAGUGCUCGGCCCUGAGAGAGAGCUGCGGACUUUGCCUUAAAUCUGACCAGCGCUUUGAGUGUGGAUGGUGCGUGAGCGAGAAGAAGUGCACUCUGCGCCAGAAUUGUCCUGCCUAUGAAAACCCUUGGAUGCAUGCCAGUACCGUCAAUAGUCGCUGCACUGACCCAAAGAUCACCAAGCUGUUUCCAGAAACGGGCCCCAAGCAGGGGGGAACCCUACUUACUAUCACAGGGGAAAAUCUGGGCUUGAGGUUCGAAGACAUUCGCUUUGGAGUGAGAGUUGGGCAUGUCAUGUGUGUCCCUAUUGAGAACGAGUACAUCAGUGCUGAGCAGAUUGUCUGUGAGAUUAAGGAUGCAGGAAAGAUGCGUGUCCAUGAGGCGCAAGUGGAGGUCUGUGUAAAAGACUGCUCUCAAGACUACAGGGCUAUUUCUCCAAAGUCAUUCACCUUUGUGGUACCCUCUUUUAAUCGGGUCACACCUUCCCGUGGUCCUUUGUCUGGUGGCACCUGGAUUUCCAUCGAAGGAAGCUAUCUGAAUUCCGGCAGUGAUGUUUCCGUGGAUAUUGGGGGUCGUCCCUGCAUGUUUUCAUGGCGUACUGCGAAAGAGAUCCGCUGUAAGACUCCGCAGGGACCAAGCACGGGUAAAGCCGAAAUACAAAUCCACAUCAACCGCGCCACACUGUACAACUCUGAAGUGCAUUACAAUUACACCGAAGAUCCAACCGUGCAAAAGAUAGAACCAGAGUGGAGCAUCGCCAGCGGGGGAACCCCUCUCAUAGUAACUGGGCUGAAUCUGGCAACUAUUAAAGAACCCAAAAUAAGAGCAAAAUAUGGAGAUGCAGAGAGAGAAAAUAACUGCACUGUGUACAAUGACACCACCAUGGUGUGCUUGGCUCCCUCCGUUGAGAAUCCCUUGAGGAGCCCGCCAGAGAAUGGGGACCGUCCUGAUGAGAUAGGUUUCAUAAUGGACAACGUUCUGGCCCUCCUUAUUGUGAACACUACCAGCUUUCUGUAUUACCCAGAUCCUGUGUUUGAGCCACUGACGGCAUCUGGAAACCUUGAGCUGAAGCCUAGCUCUCCUCUUAUAAUCAAGGGUCGGAAUCUCAUUCCAGCAGCCCCAGGGAACUUCAGGCUUAAUUAUACAGUGUUGAUUGGUGACACACCGUGUGCCCUUACUGUCUCUGAGACCCAGCUCCUGUGCGAGUCUCCGAACCUUACUGGACAGCACAAAGUCACUAUUAAAGCCGGAGGGUUUGAGUACUCACCGGGCACACUGCAGAUUUACUCGGACAGCCUGCUGACCUUGCCUGCCAUCAUUGGAAUUGGAGGAGGAGGUGGUUUGCUCUUGCUCAUUAUAAUCAUUGUGCUUAUUGCCUACAAGAGGAAAUCGCGGGAUGCUGACCGUACCCUGAAACGGUUGCAGCUGCAAAUGGACAAUCUGGAGUCCCGUGUGGCACUGGAGUGCAAAGAAGCCUUCGCUGAGCUGCAGACUGACAUCCAUGAGCUGACCAACGACCUCGAUGGGGCUGGAAUCCCUUUCCUGGAUUACCGUACAUACGCCAUGCGAGUCCUUUUCCCCGGAAUCGAGGAUCAUCCUGUUCUGAAGGAAAUGGAGGUACAAGCCAAUGUUGAGAAGUCCCUGACGCUGUUUGGGCAGCUCCUCACCAAGAAGCACUUCCUGCUCACCUUCAUUCGCACACUGGAGGCCCAGAGAAGCUUCUCUAUGAGAGACAGGGGGAACGUGGCUUCACUCAUCAUGACGGCGUUGCAGGGGGAGAUGGAAUAUGCCACCGGGGUUCUCAAGCAGCUUCUCUCCGACCUCAUUGAGAAGAAUCUUGAAAGCAAAAACCACCCCAAGCUGCUGCUGAGGAGGACAGAGUCUGUGGCUGAGAAGAUGCUGACGAACUGGUUCACAUUUCUCCUCUACAAGUUCUUAAAGGAAUGUGCCGGUGAGCCGCUCUUCAUGCUGUACUGUGCCAUCAAGCAACAGAUGGAGAAAGGACCUAUUGAUGCCAUCACAGGAGAGGCCCGCUACUCGCUGAGUGAGGACAAGCUGAUCCGUCAGCAGAUCGACUACAAGACACUGAAUCCUUGUGCUGAUGACGUUGGGCUGAGCGAUGAAUCAUGUUGCCGCUCGCCUCAAACCCUAAACUGUGUGAACCCUGAGAAUGAGAAUGCCCCUGAAAUCCCUGUCAAGGUGCUGAACUGUGACACCAUAACCCAAGUGAAGGAGAAACUGCUUGAUGCUGUGUAUAAAGGCGUUCCAUACUCCCAGCGACCCAAGGCAGGAGACAUGGACCUGGAAUGGCGUCAGGGUAGGAUGGCACGCAUUAUACUGCAAGAUGAGGAUGUGACGACCAAGAUAGACAAUGACUGGAAACGACUGAACACAUUGGCGCAUUAUCAGGUGACAGACGGAUCUUCAGUGGCACUGGUACCCAAACAGAACUCUGCCUACAACAUCUCAAACUCAUCGACGUUUACAAAGUCCCUGAGCAGAUACGGCCACCAGUUGGAUCAUCAUACUGUGGGCCUACGGAGACCUGUCGGGAGAGGACAACAUCAGCAGGCAGAUUUUUGGCCAGAGAGUAUGCUACGGACCGCAUCAAGCCCAGACAGCCUGAGGUCCCGCACCCCUAUGAUCACCCCUGACCUGGAGAGUGGAACCAAACUCUGGCACCUGGUGAAAAACCAUGACCACCUAGAUCAGCGGGAGGGCGAUAGAGGUAGCAAGAUGGUGUCUGAGAUCUACCUGACUCGCCUCUUGGCUACAAAGGGAACUCUCCAGAAGUUUGUGGAUGAUCUGUUUGAGACAAUCUUCAGCACGGCACACCGUGGAAGCGCGCUCCCGCUCGCUAUUAAAUACAUGUUUGAUUUCCUGGACGAGCAGGCGGACAAGCAUCAGAUCACCGACUACGAUGUGCGCCACACAUGGAAAAGUAACUGUUUGCCACUGAGAUUCUGGGUGAACGUCAUUAAAAAUCCACAGUUCGUGUUCGACAUUCAUAAGAACAGCAUCACGGACGCCUGCCUUUCUGUGGUAGCCCAGACGUUCAUGGAUUCCUGUUCCACGUCAGAACAUAAGCUGGGCAAGGACUCCCCAAGUAACAAGCUGCUGUAUGCCAAGGACAUACCCAAUUACAAGAGUUGGGUGGAGAGGUAUUACGCAGAUAUUGCCAAAAUGUCGGUUAUUAGCGACCAGGAUAUGAGCGCGUACCUUGCCGAACAAUCCCGAUUACACCUGAGCCAGUUCAACAGCAUGAGUGCCCUGCAUGAGAUUUACUCUUAUAUCACAAAAUACAGAGACGAGAUUCUAACUGCGUUGGAAAAAGACGAACAAGCAAGGAGGCAGCGGCUACGAAGUAAACUGGAACAGGUCAUCGACACAAUGGCGCAGAGUAGUUGAAGUCCAAAGUCUCUGCGUGACUUGGUCCCCCCUCCCGAUGGCAACCAAGACAGAGGGAACCCUGCAGACUGACCGCGAGCCCUUGUGGCGACGGAAACCGCCGGCUGCAGAAACUCGUUUGGAACUUCCAUGAGAGAACGAACAAAAUAAACGUGUGCGUGUGUGUGUAUAUAUAUAAAUAUAUACAUAUAAAGACUUUAGAAAACAUUUCAAAGAAUGACUUAGAAACCUUUAUAAAAUAAACAGUUUUAAGGGACUCAAAUUUCAAUACAAAUUAAAAAUAUAGAUUUAAAACAAUGGGAGCUGCUUGAACGUUCCAGGGACGAGACAGUACGCCUGGCCACGUAACAUCCAUGGAUUACUAAGGAAGACUGGUUUCCUCUCAUCCCGUCUCCCCCCAAAAAUCCCCCCGGGCUACUCUCAAACCCUAAACGACCUCUCUCUUUGGCUUUCAGCCACUAGUGUUAAUGCUACAUUUGCACAAUUUACUGAAAAUCUUGGGUUUUUAAAGAAAUUAAAAAAAAAACAAGAAAAAAAAAAAAAACAAGAAAUCAUAAAAUGAGAUGAAAAAGGCAAAAAAAGGUGUUUUUGUGUUUCUGGAAAACCACAAUCGAAAAAACCACUCCACAGAUGCUCCUACAGGAAGGAUAAACUGUUCCAGAAGCUUUGAUAUUUUUCUAGAUUUCGUUCUGUGCCAUGUUUCCUUUGAAUGUCGUUUUAGUGAAUAAAAAUGGGGAAAAAAAUAAUGAAUAAAGAAGAAACUCUAAUUGUGAAACAUGGGGGAGGGAGAUGUUCCGGAAAGGGGCGGACCACCCUCGGCUAUGGAGCGGUCACAGGAACUACCAUGGAAACCUGGAAAGAAAAGUUACAUUUCAAGUUUCUUAGGAAACCCAUCCACCCCCCAUUCUGUUUUUUAUUUUGGAAUGAAUUGUGUUUGAUUUCAGAUGAAUAUUGGAUAUGUUUUGUUUCCUCCAGAAUAACGCUACAUGACGGAAGCACAUUCACAUUCACCUCUUUACACAAAUGUACAUGUAUGAUUUUGCUUUGGGAAGGCAUAGUAAUCCCACAAUGCUUUGCCAUGGCAGAGUUCCAAAAGCCACAAAGGCAGUGAAGCCCAAACACUCCUCCAUUUGUCAGACUAGAAUGCCCACCAUCAGCCGCUCACUCGCCAAGAGUCUUGGCCAAUAGCAGAGUCUUGGCCAAUAGCAGUUUGAGCCCCUCUGCUGUCUCCAGUCUUAAUGAUGGCGCAGUAUUGAUAAAGAUGGAACAAACCACUGGUGUAGGGAUGACCUCUUGAUCUCUUUUAAUUUAUUAUGGAACAAUAGAUAAUUCGCAUAGACUGUUAAACAGUGGAGUGACAGCUGAUUUGAGGGAAUGGAUAAAGUGUUGAUGGAGGAGGAGAAAGGGUUUUUUUUUUUAGUUUGAUUAAUUGAUAAAUCCUAGUUUUUCAUCAGCAAUGAAAUUAGCAUUUUAAUGGCCAGACAUUUUAGAUGCUUUUAUUAUUGUGCAAUAGCAAACGUUUAAGCCAUUUCUUAGCUGCCCAUGUUGGUCAUAGCAUAACCGUGACCCAUUAGCAGUUGAGGCAUCCUUUGGCCAUAGCGAUCCUUUGGCCAUAGCGAUCCUUUGGCCAUAGCGAUCCUUUGGCCAUAGCGAUCCUUUGGCCAUAGCGAUCCUUUGGCCAUAGCGAUCCUUUGGCCAUAGCGAUCCUUUGGCCGUAACAUUACAUCUGUUACCCCCAAAUCUUAAUGUUAGCUGCUGGAACAUUCUAGAUUCAGUGUGCAUUGCUGGUGUUUGGAGGGCAGAGUCUUUCAUAGAAGGGCAAAUAAAAGAACCUGGAUUCCCCCCUAUACCUUUAUCCAAGUAUUAUCAGACUUAGCACCUUCAUUCAUGCAGUGGGAACAUCACAUUUUCCUGCCAGAGGGGACAGCAACUGUGCCCGGCAGUGGAAUUCAGAUCGGUGCAAUCUAUAAUGAAUGAAGUUUAAUUUCCGAAUGUGAAGGCCUUAGAGAGAUUAUUUCUCUAUAUAAUUCGUCGAUGGUCUUCAUCUUCUGUGUCACUGCUGGAGGGAUACUUUCCCUUUUGCCAGUGUAGUAUUUUAGUUAAUGAUUAAAAGUACUUAAAGGUCCAAAACCCUAUCCAGAACAUUCUUGCUUAGACACCGCAGCUCAUUACCUUCCACAGAAGUGAUUUCCAGUCUCUGCCAUGAAGUUAUCCGGCUAAAGGCUAAUGUGUACUGUCAGCCGUUGCUCAUUCCUGUUGAUACAAAGGGUCACAUGUCUUAAUGGGACCAAUCAGGCUGUGUGGGGCUUUGCUCUUUAGCUCCAUAGAAUACAUUGCAUGUGAGAGACACUGCCAGAUGCCCAUGGGUUUGUACCCAAGCUUACCAGUCCCCUUCCUGAACAGGGCCCCCAAGUCUGUGCUGAUGUAGUUAUGCCUAAGCACCGCCAUUUAAAGAUGGGGACCCAGAAAACUCAAGUAACAUCCUGUGGUUGCCUAAAUCACAAUUCAUACUGUUUUUUUUUUUAUCAAAUGCUAUUAAUAUCACACAAGCAAAGGUGGGCCGACAUAUGGACAGUUUAACCAGUAGUGCCCUGGUGUAUUUGGUUAUAUGUUUCAUUGACUGCUGUUCAUUCAUAAUGAUCCACUAUACCUGUUGACUUCCCAAUGAAAUCAGAGAGAAGUGUUACAACACCCUCCCCCCAAAAUAUAAAUGGGGCUGAAUUCUUCCAUUGUUGUGUAUUGCAGUCCCCUCGGGCAUUCUCGGUUAAGCACACCCCUUUCUCUCAAUUUGGUACAUUCUGCCACAAAUGUGGUUAUUUUGGAACCUCUAUGCCAGCUGGCAAGCUUGGCCCCAUGCUCAUACAGGUAUUUCUAGUGGUAGCUGGGAUGGCCUCCUCUAUGUUUAUCCCUUAUACUGUCACCAUGAUGUGAUUGGAACAACCAGAGCAAAUUCCCAGAGUGUUCUGGCCUACGGCAAAGUCUGAUUUGUGGUUGACUUGAAGCUCCGCCGAGCCAUGGUCUGUAAAUAUCCUCUGGCUAUUUUAACGUUGCUCAGAUUUAGUACUUGUAAAUAAAUUCCUCGCAUCACAAAGAGAUUAAACAACAUUUUUGCUAAAUAAAA